AAAAAAGCUUAGUCUGCCAGUGCCAUUGGUUUCGAACCCGAAAGGACGAGAGUACUGAAGCUUUUCGUUAACUGUGAAACUCUUAACAGUUUGAUAUAUUCUAUUCUUGAAGUUUGCGGUAUUCGGGCAUGUUUGUCAUUCCUGUCUUACAGACGUGUACAUUCCUCGAAGCAGACACCAGAAUUUCUUUACAUUUCCCAACAGCUUAACUAACAGUGAAUUUGCGUGGUUGGUGUUAUUCGAAUGUCGUCACCGGGAAAAAAGCACGAAACAGACGAACAGUCCACCGUUAAAAUAGGUGACUGUGAUAACCAUGAAAUUUUUUUUGUAAUCGAUGAAGUCGGUUCUGAAGAUGGUAAUGAAGUGAGCAGCGGAGAUGAGCCACAAGUUUUAUUUAUAAAAGGAGAAUCUUGCCAAGUUAUAUCUGAGAACUCAUUGUCAGGACCUAGUGACAAUGCAUAUACUGCAGUUAAAGAAGCACAAGAAGAUGAUGAAAAGGAGAUAAUACCUAGUGAUAUAGCCUCUACUCCAGUUAAAGAAGAGCAAGAAGAUGAUGAACCUGAGAUAAUUUUUUCUAGUGAAAAUCCAGUUGUUUCAUUACCUGUUUUAAGAUCAGAAUCUGCUAACACAACACCAAGUGAAACAUUGACUACCAAAAAUGACCAUUCUGCAGUUCAGGAAAAUGUUCCACCCAAUGAUAAUAAACCAGGGAUAAUUUUCUUUGAAGAUGCAUCUGGAAUGUUUUGCUUGGAUACUACACCAGAAGAAAGCAAAGAGAAACCAAUGGGUCCAAGAUUCACAAGAGAGUUCAGCUCAACUCUAAAAUCUGAAGAAGAUGCAGUAUACUCUACGGGAGAUGGCACUAAACAAGACAAUAGAUGCUUUAAUUGUUCAGGUGACCACACCAUGAUGAACUGCCCAUUUCCAAAAAACCAAAAAGAAAUUUCAAAAAACCGUUCUAUGUUUUUGAAGCAUCAGCCAAGGAUGAAUCGUUAUCAUGUUGACAAACCUAGCAAAUUCGAUCAUUUUACUCCCGGCGUCAUCAGUAAGGAGUUACGGAAUGCUCUUGGCUUAAGAAGCUCAGAUAUUCCGUUACAUGUGUAUCAAAUGCGGAUUUUGGGAUAUCCCCCUGGAUGGAUAGAGCAUAUAAAACAGUAUUCCUCUGGACUAGAAAUGAUCGACUUCGCAUCAGCCACCUCAUCUUCAACGGAAGGAAUUCAAAAAGUAACUUAUGACUAUGACGAAAUUAUUGACUAUCCUGGCUUCAACGUUCCGGUUGACCGUGGUGUGCGUGAUGAAUGGCGUUAUUUGAACUUUCCUCCCAUGCAAGAUUACAAUUCCAAAGAGGUACUCAUUGGGAAUUUGAAGAUGCAUAACAAUACGCAGAUAAAUUCAACAGAAGAUUCUGGCACCAUUUUGGAUAUUAUUGAUAUGGACACAUCCAUAGAAGACCUCGAAGAGCAGCGCAAGGCCUUACUUGCAGAGUUGGAUCAGGAUGAUGAUAACGAAGAGAAUGAUGUUCGAAAUCCGACCAUCGAAGUAUCCGGCGAUUUUGCUGAUGUUUGCAGCUUGGAAGAGAGCCAAUCCAAAAAUCCAACGAAUGAAGUCGUCGUAGAGAGAUCUAUUCAAACAAUCAAUCUUGCAUCUCCUUUGUCAGAAGAGUUGCCAGUGAAGGAUGAAAGCACUAAUAUCGACGACCAGAACCUCUCUCCGAAAAAAAGCAAACUUUUGGCAAUGGGAACGCCGGUCUCAAUACGAUAUUCCCCUUACAACACCUUGCCACCAAGAGAUAAAUUUGCGCAAAAUGGAUGCUUUGGGACUAUGGGCGAACUUGUAUUGUAUGAAAAUCUUCCAAAUAGCACCGGUGCUUUUCAAAAGAUGCGAUCUCUUCUUCAGAAAGUAAGGAAAGUCUUCAACAAGAAAUAAUGCAAACAAGCAUUCUGAAUUUGAUUGAAAAUGUAUAUAUUUCCUCGACAAAAUUUUGAACCAUUAUCAUCUUCGGAACUGACGUCGAAACUUUUCGAAAUAAAAAUCAUCACUCGCCUUA